UCGAUGGAGGACCACAUGACGGGGCACAACAAGGAGAAGCGUUAUGAGUGUGACGUGUGUGGCAAGGCCUGGCGGUGCCUGAGCGAGCUGGAAGCCCACCGGCGGGUGCACACGGGAGAACGUCCCUUCAACUGCUCAGAAUGCGGCAUGAGCUUCACCCACUACAAGUACCUGCAGGGGCACAACAGCGUGCACUCCAGCGAGAGGCCCUUCACCUGCGCCAAUUGCGGCAUGAGCUUCAAGACGGAGAAUCACCUGAAGUUGCACCGGCAGGUGCACCCGGGCGAGAAGCCCUAUGGCUGCUCCACCUGCGACAUGAGCUUUGUCCAGUUGUCGGGGCUACGGCGGCACCGGCGGGUGCACAGCAGUGAGCGGCCCUUCACCUGCUCCGACUGCGGCAAAGGCUUCAAGUCGUCCACGUACCUGAAGAGGCACAGACGCCUGCACGCCAGCGAGCGCACCUACACCUGCAGCGACUGCGGCAAAUGCUUCACCCAGUCCAACAAGCUGCUGUCCCACCAGCGUACCCACACCGGCGAGCGCCCCUACACCUGCGCCCAAUGUGGCAAGGGCUUCACCCAGUCUAGUCACCUGCUGGUGCACAAGCGCACACACACCGGCGAGCGGCCCUACACCUGCGCCCAAUGCGGCAAGAGCUUCACCCGGUCCACUCACCUGCUGGAGCACCAGCGCACCCACACCGGGGAGCGGCCCUACACCUGCACCCAGUGCGGCAAGGGCUUCACCCGGUCCAGUUACCUGCUGGUGCACAAGCGCACACACACCGGCGAGCGGCCCUACACCUGCACCCAUUGCGGCAAGGGCUUCACCCGGUCCAGUCACCUGCUGGAGCACCAGCACACCCACACUGGGGAGCGCCCCUACACCUGCACCCAGAGCGGCAACGGCUUCACCAGCUCCACCAAGCUGCUGUCCCACCAGCGCACCCACACUGGGGAGCGCCCCUACACCUGCGCCAAGUGCGGCAAGGGCUUCACCCAGUCCUGUCACCUGCUGGAGCACCAGCGCACCCACACCGGCGAGUGCCCCUACACCUGUGCCCAGUGCGGCAAGGGCUUCACCCGGCCCAGUCACCUGCUGAAGCACCAGCGCACCCACACCGGGGAGCGGCCCUACACCUGCGCCCAGUGCGGCAAGGGCUUCAUUUGCUCCAGCAGCCUGCUGGUGCACCAGCGCACCCACAGCGGUGAGCGCCCCUACACCUGCGACCAGUGCGGCAAGGGCUUCACCCGGUCUAGUCAUGUGCUGGAGCACCAGCGUACCCACACCGGCGAGCGGCCCUACACCUGCACCCAGUGCGGCAAGCGCUUCACACGGUCUAGUCACCUGCUGCAGCACCAGCGCACCCACACCGGCGAGCGCCCAUUCACCUGCACCCAGUGUGGCAAGGGCUUCACCCGCUCCGGCACCCUAUUGGAGCACCAGCGCACCCACACCAGCGAGCGCCUCUUCACUCGCUCCUCCAAGCUGCUGUCCCACCAGCGGGUGCACGCCGGCCCCCGUCUCAUCCCCAACCCGUUGUGUGGAGAGCGCUCUACCAUGGCCACCCAUGCCCUGACUCACCAGCGCGUGCACACCAGUGGCCAGCCCUACGACUGCCCGUACUGCGGUGUGGAGUUUGACAGCUCGCGGGGGUUGCGGCAGCACCGGAGGACCCACGUCGGCGAGCAGCUGCUCCCACUCUGA